AGGGAACCCUGGCGCCAAGGGAGGGGGAAGGGAGGGGGAGACGGUACAAACGGCGUGGCCGCCAUCUUGUUUGUGCCCCCGCUUCGCGCGCGCUCCGUUCUCCGUGACGCACGCUUCCCCCUCCCCUCCGCUCUGCCCGGGCCUCUGCACUGCCCGACGCCUCAGGAGCGCGGGGGCGGCUCCUGCUUCUUCCCGGGACUUGUGAACGAGAGGCGUUUGUCGAAAUGUCCACAGAAGGAGGAUUUGGUGGUACUAGCAGCAGUGAUGCCCAGCAAAGCCUGCAGUCCUUCUGGCCCCGUGUCAUGGAAGAAAUCCGGAAUUUAACAGUGAAAGAUUUCCGAGUGCAGGAACUCCCACUGGCUCGUAUUAAGAAGAUUAUGAAGCUGGAUGAAGAUGUGAAGAUGAUCAGUGCAGAAGCUCCUGUGCUGUUUGCCAAGGCAGCCCAAAUCUUUAUCACGGAGUUGACUCUGCGAGCCUGGAUUCACACGGAGGACAACAAGCGCCGGACUCUACAGAGGAAUGAUAUUGCCAUGGCAAUCACCAAAUUUGAUCAGUUUGAUUUUCUCAUUGACAUUGUUCCACGAGAUGAACUGAAACCUCCAAAACGUCAGGAGGAGGUGCGCCAGUCUGUGACGCCUGCCGAGCCUGUCCAGUACUACUUCACGCUGGCUCAGCAGCCCACAGCCGUCCAGGUCCAGGGCCAGCAGCAAGGCCAGCAGACUACCAGCUCCACGACCACCAUCCAGCCUGGGCAGAUCAUCAUCGCACAACCUCAGCAGGGCCAGACCACACCUGUGACAAUGCAAGUUGGAGAAGGCCAACAAGUGCAGAUUGUUCAGGCGCAACCCCAGGGUCAAGCCCAGCAGGCCCAGAGUGGCACCGGACAGACAAUGCAAGUGAUGCAGCAGAUCAUCACCAACACAGGAGAGAUCCAGCAGAUUCCGGUGCAGCUGAAUGCUGGCCAACUGCAGUAUAUCCGCUUAGCCCAGCCGGUCUCAGGCACCCAGGUCGUGCAGGGACAGAUCCAGACACUUGCCACCAAUGCCCAGCAGAUCACACAGACAGAGGUCCAGCAAGGACAGCAGCAGUUCAGUCAGUUCACUGAUGGACAGCAGCUCUACCAGAUCCAGCAAGUCACCAUGCCCGCAGGCCAGGACCUCGCCCAGCCCAUGUUCAUCCAGUCAGCCAACCAGCCUUCCGACGGGCAGGCCCCCCAGGUGACCGGCGACUGAGGGCCUGAGCUGGCAAAACCAAGGACACCUGACACCAUUUUUGCCACCCAGCCCUGGGCCUUGGACACAGCCUCCCUCCCCAGAGGACCAGCAGACCUCAGCGCCUCCUGCAGGCUUAGGGCACUGGUGCACUACGCCCCACGCCUGGGGGCAGAAAUCCUCCAACAGAGAAAUGCAAUAUUUUUUAUUUCCUGUUUUUUCCAUUGUUUUCUCCAAGGAAUCAGUAUUUCAUUACGUUGAGCUGUGUGUCCAAUGCUAUGAAAUGAAAAUAUUAAAUAACAUAUUUAUGGCAUUUCUUGAAGACAUAUUUCUCCUUGGUUUCUUUUUUUGGUUCUUACUGCCACUUCUUUGUGAGAGCAAAUCUGGGGGUGGAAGCAUUUCCUCACUCCUGGAACAGCCUCUGCUCCCCAGGGUUUGCCACCUGCUUGCCCUCAGUUUGAAUUAGGUGGACGCGGGAAGCGUCUCUGGUGAGCGUUGCUAUCCCUGAGCUCUGGGCAUUCGCAUCUGGAGGCCAGGGAAGCAGGCUUGCAUUUGAGAGGUGAACUCAUUCCCCAUGGAGAGUGGGUGGAUUCAUUCCCACAUGUUUCUCCACCAAGGACCCGAGGAGACUAGAACUCGGUGCACUUGCUGCCCCCUCCCUUUAUUUUAUAUUUUAACCUGCAAUAAAAAUUGUGCCAGUCUCUGCUGCAUGGACUUCAAACUGCAUGAAAUGCAAUAAACCUCAUUUUAGAUAA